CGCUGAUGCACUUAGCUUCGUUUAUGCUAUCGAGUUGGUCUGACUGCCGUCGUUGUGAGUAUAAUAAGAACUGGACCAAACAGAAGUGACUCUUCGUCCACACUCCCAUUUCCCAUCAAUGGUAUUCUCAAAUCUGGGAGCGCACGAGAAACAGGCAUUCUUCGACCUCUUGGACGAAUACUUCGCUUCACGCCCAGAACUCCUUGCCAGCCUCGGUGGAUCUGGUGGCUCAGAAAAUACGAGUGGUGUAAGCUCGAGAAGUGCAGCUGCGUCUGCCGUGCACAGUGCCCUGGCCACGAACCCGGAGGCAACAGCCAACCUCGUUUCAUCGGGCCUGCGACAUGGUGCGCAGAACAGCGCGGUGAAAAACAGCGCGUUCGCAAAUGCGGCGUCGAAUCCCGCCAUCGCGAGCUCUGUCGGCCGUGUCGCCGCUGCAUCUCUCGCUUUCCAACAUCGCGCACAGAAUACCUCACCACCUGUACCUUCACCUGGUACGCGCAGCACUCCACCACCACCGCCUGCUCCGCGAAAUGUCCCGCCAGCACUUCCGCGUCGAACAUCCUCAACAUCCCAGGAACAGGAGCAAGAAGAAGAACCGGAUGAGGAUGCUCUACCUCCUCCUGGAGGUCCACCGCUUCCUAAGAAGACGAGUAGUGCGAGCGGACUUGUUCAGCGGCGGGCCAUGGGCGACGUCGACACCACAUCUCUCAAAGCCAGUUUCGUUUCCGUGAAGAAUAGCACCGUAAACAAGAAAAAGGGUCCACCUUCUGUUGCCCCGCCUUUACCAUCUGCUUUUCAAAAACGUCAAAACAACUUUGCGCCUCCUCCGUCGCGCCGAGUCACGUCUGAUUCCACUCCUUCGCCGGAACCUGAAGCGGAACCGGAGGAACAGGGAGAAUGGGCGGAGGCAUUGUAUGAUUAUAAUAGCGGGGAACCCGGCGACCUUGUAAUCCAGGCUCAGGAGCAUGUAAGGAUCGUGUCCAAGGAUUCAGAAGAUUGGUGGACUGGUGAAAUCGACGGGAAGACUGGCUUGUUCCCUGCUUCUUAUGUCCGUGUAUUAUAAUCCAAUUUUGACAAUGUCUAGGGGCUUUAGUGCAAUGCAAUGAUUCUGUACAAUUAAAUUCGUCUCGAUGACGUCGACUAGUUGUACGGGGUCGUCAUUCUCGAUGGUUAGCUAACAGCUACGAUCUGUGCUCCGUCAUUUCGUAGCUGCCGACAUCAUCGAAAGCAGUCAUUCUGAAGAAAUAACGGUACAAAAGAUACGCA